AUGCAGGGCAUCAUCUCGAGGGGAAGCGCCCUUCGUCCCCGUCAGGUGCAAGGCGGAUGCUCCUUCGGUCUCUCGAGUGCACCAACAGGAACAGCAACCGCAGCAGCAAAGCAGCAACAACAGCAGCAGCAACAACAGCAGCAGCAGCAACAGCAGCAGCAGCAACAGCAACCGCAGCAACAACAACAGCAGCAGCAAGAACAACAACAGCUGAAGCAGCAACAGCACCAGCAGCAGCAGCAGCAACAGCAACAGCAACAGCAGCAGCAGCAGCAACAGCAGCAGCAGCAACAGCAGCAGCAGCAGCAGCAGCAGCAAAGGCAACCGCAGCAGCAGCAACAGCAAGGGGAACCGCAGCAGCAGUAG